AUGGCCCCCACAGCGCCCUUCCCGCUGUACCUACUACCUAGCAUCCCCUUCCGGCGCCGCAGCUCCACACAAUCAACAUCCACGAUAUCCACCUCACCGACCUCACCAAGCUCAUCACCACCAGCACCGACAAGCUUCCUCACUUCCUCUCCAACAACAAACCUCCGCUGCACAAAAUGCCUUGCAGACCUAGUCCCCACCGCCUCCAUCAUCUCCAAGGGCUUCACCGGCCGCCAUGGGCGUGCCUACCUCGUCGCUCCACCUCCUCCCAGUGCGCUCUUAUACCUACCAAACGCAGCGAGCAGCAGCGACGAAGACCCAGCGUCAUGGCGCCGCACUGACCUCCCCAACACCUUCACACACAGGCCCGUUGCACGCCAGCUCGUCACGGGAGCCCACACAGUGAGCGACAUAAGCUGUAGCUGCUGUGGGAGUGUGCUGGGGUGGAAGUACGUCCAUGCCGAGGAGGAAGGACAGCGGUACAAAAUUGGGAAGUUCAUACUGGAGACGAAGAGGGUUAGUAAAAGUGGGAAUGAGUGGCAGGACGAGGACGAAGAGUACUCGACGACCAACAUUUUCAGCGAGGACGAUGUUCAGUUUGACUCGCAGGACGAAGAAGAGUGCGAAGACCUGUUCAGCGGUAUCUGGACGCCGGAGCUCGCGCGGAAGAGGAGGAAGAACAAGGACUUCAGGCCGUAG